CUCGUCAGUCGUGGACGAGUCCGCCGUGGGCGACCCACAAGAGGUGGUCGCUGCAAGGGGCCAUGAAGAGGACGUCGAUCAAGACUUUAUUUUAUUUCAAUGCCGAUCGCUCGUGGGCAAUCGCUCGCUCGUUCUGGCGCUCGUUUCUCGUCCAUAAGGUGGAGAUCAUCAUGAUGCUGGGCGCAAUGGGAUCAUUCAUCAGGAAUCAGUCAUCGUUGGCAACAGACCGAUUAAGGGACUGAGUGGCUGGCUAGUCGAGCGCUUAGCAACGGUCGCCGAACGCAUGAUGCCAGCCGUGCUCCAUUCGUGUGCUGUACUGAUCUAAAUGUUAUACAGGCGGUGCAGUUAAUAGCAUGUGCACACACGCACUUGCACUCUUAGAAGUUGUACCAGAGAUGGUAGCUUUCAAUGCCGAGGAAGUGGCCGAAGUUGAAGGAUUUGAAGAAUGGACAGGUCAGCAGCAGGAGGACGAAACAGCUGGAGCUGUCGUUUCGCAUGACGAUCAUCAGCAGCACCAACAACAUCAUCACAUCAUUGAAGGGGCUGUUAUGUUGUCGACAGGAAGUCAAGUGGUGUUAGUGGACGCUGAGACGGUUGAUGGCCGAGUUUUGACACGGUCAGUUCCCUCAACUGGCGACCCUUCGGCCCAACCUACUACGGCUCACACGUUCUGCUGCACUCUGUGUAAUACGGUGUUUCCAUCAAAGGCAGGCCUUGUGGCGCAUCAGCGCCGAGAGCAUCCGAACGCCGUGGUCACUUCUUCAACUUCACCUGUCGCAUCACCUUCGGCGACCAUGGCAUCUGGGGCGGGAGCGGCAACUAGCUCUGGGAGUGCAUCCACGGAAGCAGCGCGUCGUUCACAUAUCUGUUCCAUGUGCAACAAAGGUUUUACGACAUCUUCAAAUCUUCACCAGCAUAGACGGCUCCAUUUUAAUGAACGGCCGUUCCAGUGUAACCAAUGCAAUAAGGGUUUUGCUACAUCCACUAAUCUCAAGCAACACUAUCGUACACACACCGGUGAUCGACCGUAUCCAUGUAUGUAUUGUCCGAAGCGGUUUGCAACGAACUCAAAUCUUCGACAACACAUCCGGACACAUACCGCGGAAAUAAUUGCAGAAUCGGCAAUAAAUGCCCAGGUUCGAAAUCAGCCCGAUGGCACAGAAACAUGGGAAGUGGAUGGCGCAUCGGCGGUUAGCCUUUCACUGAUACCUGCCAUUUGCUUGCAGCAAUACGUUUGCAAUAUAUGUAAUAAGGUCUACUCAAACUCGUCAAAUCUUGCGCAGCACAAACGCACCAUUCACCCAAAAGACUACGUACGUCGCUAUUUAUGUACGUUUUGCAACAAAACGUUCUCACUAAUUACCAAUCUUCGAAGACAUCAGAAAAGGACCUGUCCAAACGUCAAGCACGAGCCAGGCACCGAGCCACCCGAGUCGUGGCCAUGUGAGGAGUGUGGGAAAGUCUGCUCGACGAAAGGGAAUUUGAAGAGUCACAAGGUCACCCAUCUUGGAAUUAAGCUCUUCGAGUGUUUCAUCUGUGAAAAAAGAUUUACCACUAACUCUAACCUUAAACAACAUCUCAUUGUUCAUGAUGGAAAAUAUAACGGCCAUCAAACUAAACGUAAACGUGGCGCUACGUCUGCGACUAUGGCGAACCCUCCCGGGGAGCCGCGACUACAGCGCCGUACAGAGUCGACUGUUUCAUCGAAUCCGUCAUUUACACCUGCGAAUUCUGUUUCUGGGUCUACGAUGACGACAGUUACACACAAUAGCGAAACCAAUACAGCGAUCAGGCACUUACAAGAGGUAGAGGCGGAAUCCUUCGUCGCUGGAGUCACAACUGAGGACCACAUUGUCGUCAUUACUGAGCAGGAUCCGGAUCACAACGAAACGGAUUCGGCUUCAGCACUUAAUAAUGUCGUUGCUUCAACCACGGAUGUGGAUAGAAUAAAUCCUAUUGGAUUAGUAACAGAACAACAGUUUCAAGAACAGCAGCAGAAGCAGGUUUAUAUCACCCCACCACUGGCUAACGGUUCUGUUGCCGCUACCGUUUCUGCACGAAAUGCAACAGCUGUUUCAGGGGCUGAUAGGGGCAUUGCCAUUUCAACAGCUGUAACGUAUGCACCGACGGUGACGCGGCUCACAAAGCGGCCAGUCAUUAUUAAGCUCGACGUCGAUCGAGGUACGAAGCCAGUGUCCGUUAUCCCUGCUACCACUGCUACUAUAACUAACACUAGCUUAAUUCAACAAGGCGAUGACGAAGAUGAUGACGACCAUAGUGCUGAGGGGCUGACUCGAGCUCCUUCAAUACGUCAACCUGUGCUCCUGCUUCCGCCCCCACCAAAGGGAUCACCCGUUACCGCUGGCGCCCCCCACUGCCGGUCCCAUUGGCGCCAAUAGCUUUAAAGACGGAUAUAGGGCGUCAAUUGUAAUAUAACCUUAUUCAGAGUGCUCUGCUUUGCUCCUUUUAGAAAUAUUUUGAAAUGUUCUUUGUACAUACCUCAGAAUUCGCAGAGGCAUUACUCUAUGACGCUCGAGAAGAGCAGCGUCGAACCGAUUUCUAUCGCGUUGGUGUCUAUUGCUAUCUAUACGUUGGAGUCCAUCGUGUCAGUGGCACAAUGUCUACUUAUAGAUGCGAUCGUUUUAGACUGUGCUUUCGCAAAUUGCCGUUGAUUACCUAAAUUAAAUUUGACUCAGCUUUGCUCAUCCGGCAGAGCAGUAGGUGGAUGGCAGUACUACGCAGAUUAGAUAGAUUCUGGGAAGAUUAGAUUUAAGUGGAGAUAGUUCAUUAAUUGUUGCAUUGCAUAGGAUUCUAUCCAAUCAACUGUGGCCAUUUCGGUUCCAUUCUGUAACGCUUUGUUGACAUACAGUUCGCAGCAAUUCAUGCUAGAGAUACAGUGCGGCAGCUUUUCCAGGCGUUAUUCGGUGAAACAACAUUGCGCAUUGAUUCAGACCUCAUGAAGGGAAUAAAACAAGUUGUACUUUGGCUAUUUCAACAUAAAAGCAUUCUGAACAUGUUCGCAUUUCACAUGAUUUAGAUCGCCGUUGGGGUAAUUGCGUUUAGGAAGGAAAGAAACUAUGGCUGUACAACUGUAUUGUUUAAUGUCUAUUCAAUUUUCAGUAUUUCUUCAAUUGUGAGGGGGAGCUUGUAAUUAAUUGUAAAAUGAAGAGCGUCAUUUUUUAAAGCAACCACAAUGUCGCUAAUGAUAGAGUGAUGCCUCUGUCUUGACUGGUUUGCAAAUGCCGUUAAUCAAUACAUUCGGAAUGAAUGGUCCGAUCUUAUACUGAGUAUCUAUAGAUUGUCACAUGGUUUCUAUCAGGCAACGGAGUUGUUGGAGUGCUGUGUUGUGUAAUAUAUCUUAUGUGAGACGAACAAAUUAUUACACUACUAUAUAAUCUAAUAAUCAACAUCUAAUCCAUGUAAUGAGGUUAACUUGUUCAUGUGACGACCUAGCGUUUAUUAUAAUUUUACUUCCAUCCACUUCUAUUGGCCACUGCUUAAAACAAAAUGUUGUCACUGGAUUUUCAUUGAUGAAAACAGACCAGUCCUUACUAACCAUCAGGCCCUGCACAACUUUUGAGGUAAAGCAAGAUUUUUUAUUAAAAAUAAGGCAGGUAUUUCGCUUCGGAUAAAUUACGCUUUCUCUCCACGGGCUCAUCCAAAAUCGUCAUUACACUACUGUAUAUAGUGCUCAGAAACGGGUCAAGUAUAACUGACGAAAUAUGUACAUCUUACUGUACAACAGUGUCUUUCCAAAUAUACGCCGUUGAUUUAUUGGAAGUCCAUUGAGAAUUUUAGUAGGGGAACCAAUCUAGGUUAUAUUUAUACUAAACAUACUGGGAACAAGGAGUAUUUAACUUCAAAAAUUGCAUAGCACUUAUACAAGAUGGAUGUUAAGAGUAGUGAAAAAGUGUGAAAUGAUCGGUUGCUUAUAAUAAUCUAUUGUUAGUAUUCGAAGCUUGAAAGUGGACACGUCACCCUGUUAUGAGCCGGCUUCUGUGAGUAAUGCCAAAUGCUGCAUGACAGCUUAUGAAACUGAUAGAAACGACCGCGAACCCAGGUCAGUCUCGAAAACAGAACAUGCUACCAAAACAGGUUUUAGCUGUUAAUUGAUAUAGCAAUGUAAAAACGAAUUUUAAGUUUGAGGAAUACUU